ACACAAUGGAUAUGGAUAUGGAUGCUAACUGGGAAGACCUUUAUUCUCCUGCUUCUGGAAGUCCCCUUAAAAGGUACUGCCUUGCCUCCAAUACGAUACUCUCAUGCUGGGAUUUGUCCCAAUGAUAUGAAUCCCAACCUCUGGGUAGAUGCGCAGAGCACCUGCAGGAGAGAGUGUGACACUGACCUGGAAUGUGAGACCUUUGAGAAGUGCUGUCCUAAUGUCUGUGGAACUAGGAGCUGCGUUGCAGCCCGCUACAUGGACAUUAGGGGGAAGAAAGGGCCCGUUGGAAUGCCUAAAGAGGCGACGUGUGACCGUUUCAUGUGCAUCCAGCAAGGCUCAGAGUGUGACAUCUGGGACGGGCAGCCUGUUUGCAAAUGCAAAGACAGAUGUGAAAAAGAGCCAAGUUUCACGUGUGCAUCAGAUGGCCUCACCUAUUACAACAAGUGCUAUAUGGAUGCCGAAGCAUGCACCAAAGGCAUUACACUUAAUGUGGUAACUUGCCGUUAUCAUCUCACAUGGCCCAAUACUAGCCCUAUCCCGCCAGAGACGACAGCUCACCCCACAACUGCCUAUUUAGAGACAACCAUCACUGACAUCCUUCCACCCGUGCUGGUCAACAACCCAGCCCACCAGUCUGUCUACGUAGGAGACACCGUUAGCUUUCUGUGUGAUGUUGUUGGACGACCUAAGCCAGAAAUCACCUGGGAGAAGGAGAUGGAGGAUAAUGAGAAAAUAAUUAUGAGACCCAAUCAUGUCCGAGGGAACAUUGUCGUCACUAACAUUGCCCAGCUGGUUAUCUAUAACACACAAGUGCAAGAUGCAGGUAUCUAUACUUGCAUUGCCAAAAAUCUGGGUGGUCUUCUCAGGGCAGACUUCCCAUUGUCAGUCCUCAAAGGAGAAGCCACGUCGAUGGAGGCAGCCCAGAACAAAAGCCACUUCCCAACUGAUGAGUGCCUGAAGCAGCCGGACAGUGAAGACUGUGGAGAGGAACAGACCCGGUGGUAUUACGACGCCAAGAAAAACAACUGCUUUACUUUCAUCUACGGAAACUGUAACAGUAACCUGAACCACUUCGAGACCUAUGAGAACUGCAUGUUGACGUGCAUGAAUGGGCCCAUCAACGUCUGCAACCUGCCGGCUCUCCAAGGUCACUGCAAAGCCUACGAGCCCCGGUGGGCAUACAACAGCUUGACCAAACAAUGCCAGUCUUUCAUUUACGGAGGCUGCGGAGGCAAUGAGAAUAACUUUGAGAGCCGAGAGGCCUGCGAGGAAAUGUGCCCCUUCCCGAGGAAUGUGCACUGCAAAACCUGCAAAGCCUGCAAGCCGCGCCAAAAGCUGGUGACCAGCUUCUGCAAAAGCGAUUUCGUUAUACUCGGCCGUGUGACGGAACUGACGGAGGACCAAGAUUCGGGACACGCACUGGUGACCGUGGAGGAGAUUCUCAAGGAUGAGAAAAUGGGGCUCAGGUUCUUGGGCAGAGAACCCCUCGAAAUUACGCUUCUGAACAUGAACUGGAGUUGCCCCUGCCCCAACAUAACUGCAGCUGAUGGUCAGCUGAUCAUCAUGGGCGAUGUCCACAAUGGCAUGGCUGUCCUACAACCAGACAGCUUUGUUGGGGCCUCCAGCAUUCGGCGUGUUCGGAAGCUGCGGGAGGUCGUCCACAAGAAAACCUGCGAGCUAUUAAAAGAGUUCUUAGGACUGCAUUAGUAUAUCCUGCUUGUAUCUCGUCAGCUUCACAGAUUUGUAUAUUAUAUUGUGCUGAUGAAAGGUAGGCUAGCCUGGAAACCCUUCUUCUGAACAUCUCUGUUUACCAAUAGAUGUUGUGUAUUACACAGAAGCCAUAUAUUAACUCAUUAAUGAUGUGUAGUAAUGAUGCAGAAGCCUGUUUGGCAAGCACUUAAAAUAGCAGCAAACAGCUAUUAGUCUUUAGAUUUCAAUCUCUCUAUUUGUUUAGAAAUGCCAUCUGGUAAUCAUAACACAAUACCAAUCCAGCUUUCUUCUUAAAAAACCAAAUUCAUAGCAUUCUGUUUGGUUCCAAGCUAAAUCAUACACACUGUUGCCCUAAUGAUAAUUGCUUUCGCUGGAAGCAUCGAGACGCUUCUGGAAAGCAGCUGAAAUGUAAUUCGUAAGUAGAUUGUAAGAGAAGAAUACGUAAAUUAUGGCCUAUAUUCACAAUAAUUAUACCAGAUAAACCACUCCAUUGCAGAAACUGCUGCAAUCAGAAAAGCAGCUUUUCAGGAGAUGAAUCUUAUCUUUAACCAAAAUUUGUCUAGCAUAUUAUUAUGAAUUCUGAUUCAAAUUCACACUGAAGUCAAAUUCUGAGGAGUCCUCAGAGCGUUCUGUCAGGCAAGGAGCACUGGAGUCAAAUCAAAUACUACCUAUCUCACUAAACUGUCCUGCUCACAGACUGUUCUAAAUCUAAUAUUUGAAGUCACUUUAUUUCAGAUGACAAUAAUGUGUCUUCCACUUUGUAUCUCAAAGGCCAACACAAAUAUUCUGCUAAAUUAAA